UCACGCCGGCGGCCGGCCAGCGCAACCCCCGGGGCUGCCUCCACAGGGGUGUGCGCUCACACCGCCGGGAGUGACACAUCACACUUUCACCCUUUACCACGACACCACACACUGAUGGAGGCGGCUUUUUAUGCUUAGUCUCCUUGCCUUCUUGUUCAGUCCGACUCCUCCUGAUUUUGCACUCGCGCUACACGGUACCGACUGAAUAACCUGCUCGGGUUACUAGUUACUUGUUAUUCAACUCAACCAGCGGACUGAACCGGCUAAUCGACGGCAUACAGAUAACCCACAGAAGAGCGAGGGGUCUUACCCUGUGACGAUAGACGUCCUCCCGCUGCCCCAAAGCAUCAUGGGAACAGACGAGCAGCCGGACCUUCCCGAAGGCGAAGGACUUAAAGACAGUGGAGAGAUCCAGACUAUAAACUGCCAUUAUAGCUAUUCUACCCCCCAGGAUGACAGUGAGGCUCACAGCACCUACCUUGAUGAGAAAGUCCCCAUUCCGGAACAUUCCGGCGAGGGUUUCAGUUUCCGGAAACUCUGGGCCUUCUCGGGACCCGGGUUCCUCAUGAGCAUCGCAUACCUGGACCCCGGGAACAUCGAGUCGGACCUGCAAUCUGGGUCCAAAGCGGGCUUUAAGCUGCUCUGGGUCCUGCUAUGUGCCACAAUCGUGGGCCUCCUGCUGCAGAGACUCGCGGCACGUCUGGGCAUCGUCACCGGCAUGCAUCUAGCGGAGAUCUGCAACCGCCACUACCCCACUGUGCCCCGCAUCAUCUUGUGGCUGAUGGUGGAGUUGGCCAUCAUCGGUUCAGACAUGCAGGAGGUUAUAGGCUGUGCCAUCGCCUUCAACCUGCUCUCCGUCAACAGGAUCCCGCUUUGGGGAGGCGUUCUCAUCACCAUUGCCGACACCUUUCUCUUUCUCUUCCUGGAUAAGUAUGGUUUAAGGAAGCUUGAAGCUUUCUUUGGGUUCCUCAUCACCGUCAUGGCCAUCACCUUUGGAUAUGAGUACGUGGUGGUGAGUCCGGACCAGGGUCAGCUCUUGAAGGGCAUGUUUGUACCCUACUGCCAGGGCUGCGGACCUGUUCAGCUGGAGCAGGCUGUGGGCAUUGUGGGUGCUGUCAUCAUGCCCCACAAUAUCUACUUGCACUCUGCGCUGGUCAAGUCUCGUGAGGUUGACCGCGCCAAUGCCAAGAAGGUGAAGGAAGCCAACAAGUACUUCUUCAUUGAGUCCUCCAUUGCUCUCUUCAUAUCCUUCCUCAUCAACGUCUUCGUGGUGGCUGUCUUUGCAGCUGGUUUCUAUGGACACACAAAUUCCCAAGUGCAUGCAGUGUGUAAUCAGUCUGGCAGUCCACACACAGACCUCUUCCCCCAGGACAACAACACGCUGCAGGUGGAUAUCUACAAAGGGGGGGUCAUGUUGGGCUGCUUCUUUGGACCUGCGGCGCUCUACAUCUGGGCCGUGGGCAUCCUGGCAGCGGGGCAGAGCUCCACCAUGACGGGCACGUACUCAGGGCAGUUUGUCAUGGAGGGCUUCCUGAACCUGCGCUGGUCCCGCUUUGCGCGGGUGCUGCUGACGCGCUCAGUGGCCAUCAUCCCCACGCUGCUGGUGGCCGUCUUCCAGGAUGUGCAGCACCUCACGGGCAUGAACGACUUCCUCAACGUGCUGCAGAGCAUGCAGCUGCCCUUUGCCCUGAUCCCCAUCCUUACUUUCACCAGCUUAUCCUCUCUGAUGAAUGACUUCGCUAAUGGACUGGUGUGUAAGAUUGCCGGUGGCGUCAUCAUCCUAGUGGUCUGCGGGAUCAACAUGUAUUUUGUGGUAGUCUACGUCACCAGUCUGCACAGCGUGUGGCUCUACCUUCUCGCUGGCCUGUUGUCUCUGGCCUACCUCUCCUUCGUGGCCUACUUGGUCUGGCAGUGCCUGAUUGCCCUGGGGGUGCCCUGUCUGGAUGUCCGGGGCAGAGUAAGGACAGGCCACUCCAUGUUCACAGAGGACCAGCAGGACACUGACAGCUGAUUGGCUCCUGGCAGCUACCAAUUGUUGCAGGGCAGGGGGCGAGGAAGGUUCCCCUGCAUUCAGGGGCCAGGCUUGGCCCUCUGAUGCGAUUAACCGAGAACUUGGGGACACAUCUGUAGAAGAUCAUAACGACAGCAAUAACUCUCUAUGAAUGUCUGCUGCACAGGCAUUGCUCUGAAGCACCUCCAGGCUCAACACUUCAUCGACGAAGGUGCCAUAUUCAGUGACUGCCUGUCCGCUAAUCCCCUUCAGUUUGACCGGGCAGCAGUGUCAGGUGCAUCAUGGUGAAUCCUGAAUUGCGCAGCGGGCUCUGCUUUAGACAGCAAGCUCUUUCCACGCUUCCUGUGCGGUUUGGCCCUCCGGCUGUGGGCGGAGCCUCACUGAUCUUCAGGCCUCAUGUCUUCCAGGGAUGGCAGCCUGCAGCAUGUCCAUUCAGUGCCAUUAUUCCUGCUUUUUUCCGUCUAGCUGUGCAGAUGAUCGGAAAGUGCUACUGUUAAUCCAGUUUACCGUUGUUUUCUUUUAGUGAAUAGCCCUGUGUUAUCAGAACUCUGCUCACUGUGGAGCUUACAGGAUCCAGAUGGAUUGUGGGUCCUUACGGUUUGCAGGGUUUAUGAAAUCAUGAUUGUAUUUACAGAGCCGGAUAGAGUGUUAAUUUGAGGUGAUUCCUUUGCUUGAGGUGUGAAAGACUCGGGUGCCGUUAACACUGGGCUGUGUAACACAUUGGCAGUGCAGCCUUCCCUGCGGGAUGAUGUCAUUCUGUGUGUAAUGAAUCACUCCUCGCAAAUUACCAAACCAACACUAUUCCUGAUUGCAUACUUUUAUUAAACAGUAAGUGGACUGCAGUCCAGCUUGACCCUGUAGGUGCACCGUUA